AUGUUCGCAUUGUGGCUGAUUUUCGCCUGCUGCUGCUGCUGCUGGCCAGCGGAGAGUGUCUCGAUUGGAAUCGUUAAAUCUAUAGCUGAACAGCAGAGCGAUGGGUCCUACUUCUUUGCGUAUGAGGCGGCCAACGGCAACUACCGGGAGGAGGUGGGCAUCGUCAAGGAGGAUGAUCUGGAGGUCUCUGGUGUGUAUCGUUACCUCGACGACAGCGGCCAGAAAGUGGAGGUCAGCUAUAUGGCCGACAAGAACGGCUUUCUGGAAGAUGAUCGUCGCAGGGAGAGUUAUGAUGAUCAUGAUCUGUGGUUGCUCGAUAAGAUUGCCCUCGGCUAG